UGGUGAUGUCAUGAGCCCUGUUCAGGAGUGAGAAACCUGACACAGUGCUUCAUUAACUCAAGGGGGUCCAUGAGGAGGGGUGUCUCCUGUCCUUUCAAAUGGUAGAGGUGGAGAAAGGGUGAUCUGGUCCCAAUGGUGUCCCUGGAGGGUACCAUCGGCCUGUUGGCUGUGCUCUUCACAACCCACUUCCUUGUUUACUCUGAUGGCUUCAUCAGCCAAGCUGUCCUCCAAGCAACCAUGGACAAGAGACAGGGAGGAGGUAAGUAAUAUGAUAGAGCCACAGGGCAUAGCAACCUGAGAAAUCAGUGGUGUCAGGAACAGAGGCAAAACAGACAGAAGGUGGUGACAUAGCAGUAGGAAGAUGGCAACAGUGAGAGUGAAAACCUGUGCCUAAAAAACCCACACCACGAAUGUGGAAUGUCCCCCUCCCCCCACCAGCUGUCUUCAUAUAUUGAUAGGUAAAGGACCCCUGGACAGUUAAGUCCAGUCAAAGGCGACUGUGGGGUUUCGGCGCUCAUCUCGCUUUCAGGCUGAAGGAGCCAGCGCUUGUCCACAGACAGCUUUCAGGGUCGUGUGGCUAGCAUGACUAAACUGCUUCUGGUGCAAUGGGACACCGUGACAAAAGCCAGAGCGCACAGAAACGCUGUUUACCUUCCUGCCACAGUGGUACCUAUUUAUCUACUUGCACUGGCGUGCUUUCAAACUGCUAGGUUAUCAGGAGCUGGGACUGAGCAACGGGGGCUCACCUUGUUGCAGGGAUUCGAACCACCGACCUUCUGAUCGGCAAGCCCAAGAGACUCAGUGGUUUAGACCACAGCUCCACCAACCAUCUGCAAUAGCUUUCCCUGGGCUGAACGCGGAAGCAGGAUGUGCUGGUAAAUGGGCAGAAAGAGUUGCCUAUUAAAAAAUCCUUUGAAACGUUUCAUAGAAAGUUUCAUCUCACAGUGGAUUGUGUGGCACUUAUAGAACAGCUACUGCUGUUCCAAAAUAUUCAGCAACAUUUGGAUAGAUUUGGAUAGGCAAGUGGCCCCACUGGCCCCAUACCCUUAAAGCAGGGUCAUAUCCCUUUAAACAGUCGUGAAUUCCCCCAAAGAAUCCUGGAACCCCAGUUUGUUAAGUGUACUGAGUUGCUAGGAGACCCCUAUUUGAUUCACAAUCCCUCCUCCCAGGGAACUCUGCCCUGGGAAUAAAAUUGGGAUGAAGGGAUUUUCUCAGGAUGUUGGAGGGUGUGUGUGCUGUGUCCUGUUGGUGUAGUGAUGGUGGCACUCACCCUUCUUCUGAUAGGAAAUGCUCUGUGGGGGGACGGCAAAAAACGGGGGGUCUCAGAGGGUCAGUUGCAGGGGAGUGAGAAAUGUCCCUAUUUUCAUCUGAGGAAUGUUGGAGGGUAUGUGAGUCACAAGCUGUGCAGCCUUGUUUACCGGGCAGUGGCUUUCAAAAGCCAGGAUCUAUCUACGAGAACCCCAGGUUUGUCCUAAAAUCCUCAAGGAGAUUGAUUGUGGCAGUCAUGCUUUCGUUAAAGACAGAUUGCUCACCCGUUACCUAGAAAUGGACAACCAUUGUGAAGUAUUAACUCUGUGCCCCAGAAUUUCUCCUGUGCCCCAGGAUUUCGUGAGAUGCAUUCAGUGGUUCCCCAGUAACUGGCAAUUGCUAGAAUGCAUAGAAAACUAAAUAGGCAUGCCCAGCAGAAGUGGGGUGGGGUGCACUUUUGUGUCCAUAAAAUAAAUUUGUUCACAGCUGUUUACAAGGGGGCAAAGAUUGUUUGGAGAGGUGUCAACGUGGUGGGGAAGAGGGAGCGCAUUCACCUCGUGCACUGAACCACGGGUGCCAUCAGCACACACUGCAUUGCUUUCAGAUAGGCAUGCAUACAUGUUCAUUGACUGCAGCUGGAUUGGACCAAAGGCUUUCUGUGCAGCGCAGGAGAGCAAUGAAACUGCCAGUACAAUGUGGCACAGCAGGGAGAAUUAUUUCCUCCGCAUCAGCCUCCAGGGGUGAAGCAGCAACAGUCUGAGAGACACGUCUGCAAAUAGCUAUAUCAAAUGCACCACAUGUAGCAUGCAAGUGCGUGUGUUGCAAAACAUUUCCAUUCCUCUUGAAACAACCACUUUCUCAGGAAAACCCGGUUCUCAUGAAAACGCAAUGCAAAUUUGCUAGAGGUAGUGUCAGGAUAAACUAAGGGACUCAAAUAUAACGUUUUAAGGGUGUUUUAAGUGCACGUUACAAAUGUAACACUAGUUGGCGAUGGUGAGUGAAUGGGAAAUUCAAUAUGCAUAUAAUUUAGAACAUUUCUUUAAAAAGCAUUUUCACAACGGUUUUUUAACUACAUGUCUAGAUUUAGCCUAAGAAGGGAAUGUAAACACAAUUCACGGGAAAGGGCAGAAUGGAGUGUCAGCACACGGAGUGAAUGAAAGAGUGAGAAUCAUAGAAAAGAGAUUUUUGAUUCCCCCUUUAUGUUUAAGGCGGGGGGAAGAUGGAAGAAACAUUUGUGGCUUCAUCAACAGGGGAAGGCAUGGAGGUGAUCGACAUGGCUGAGAGCGAGGACUCCCAACUGCUGGGGAAUGCGGCCGUGAAGGACAUGUUGCUGGACUUGGCCGUCUCUCUGAACACAGCCAGUGUCAUGCUGUUUUUUUUAUGCGUGACAUAGAGCCCGAAGUCUUAGCAAUGGUAAUGGAUGAAGACAACAUGAACAUCUACUUGUGCUUCAUGAUUGCCUUCUGAGAAGCAGCUGUGGCUUCAUCGCUCAUGUCCAGGGACUUUUGGGGCUCCACCGGAGAACAGGGGCUUUUGUAACAGCUACACACACCUCCACAUUCAUGGUCCCCCGAGAACAAUAAAACCUCUGACCAAAGCUUGUAGAGUUUGUUCUAA